GAGAGAGAAAGGGAAGCGGACGGGGAAGUGUCUGUCUGUCUCAGUCUCACAGACAGCAACAUUUGCGCCUUACUUAUUUCCCAGACUGGAAGGGAAGUCGACGGGUUGAUUUCUACAUAUAAAUAGAUAAACACUUAUAAAACAAUGCGUCUCCCUCGAAAAUGUUGGACCUUAUGCACCACCAUAAGUAUCAUUGUGAUUCUUUUUAAAACAAAGGACAUAACAAGAUCGGAGCACCACCUAACGCAGCCGGGGGAUGGAGAAGCGAGUCCAACACGGCUGAUGGUGAAUACUUCCACUAAAGUAAAUGGGAAGAACCUGCUUCCGCGCUUCGAGCCCUCACUGAAGGGGUGGAAAAACAAUGCAUCUCUAGUUAUCAAGAUCAGGAAGGAUAUUCUUCGAUUUUUAGAUGCUGAGAGAGACAUAUCAGUCGUGAAAAGCAGUUUAAAGCCAGGGGAUAUAAUUCAUUAUGUGCUGGACAGGCGUCGAACUCUCAACAUCUCGCACAAUUUGCACAGUCUUCUUCCGGAGGUGUCACCAAUGAAGAACAAGCGAUUCAAUACUUGUGCAGUUGUUGGGAAUUCUGGGAUUCUUCUCGGUAGUGGAUGUGGAAAAGAGAUUGACAGUCAUGAGUUUGUCAUAAGGUGUAAUCUUGCGCCCCUUUUGGAAUACGCUGAUGAUGUUGGACUCAAAUCUGACUUUGUCACUAUGAAUCCAUCAGUUGUGCAAAGAGCAUUUGGAAGUCUUCAGAGUGAGACAGACAGAGAGAAAUUUGUCGACAGACUGGCACUGUUGAAUGACAGUGUUCUGUGGAUCCCUGCGUUCAUGGUUAAAGGAGGAGAAAAGCAUGUCGAGUGUGUAAAUCAGCUGAUUCUGAAGAAGAGACUGAGCAUACAGACAGCCUACCCAUCCCUACGACUCAUACAUGCUGUCCGAGGGUAUUGGCUGACAAACAAGGUUUACAUCAAACGACCAAGCACUGGCCUGCUGAUGUACACACUCGCAACUCGGUUUUGUGAUGAGAUCCACCUUUAUGGAUAUUGGCCCUUCCCAAAAGAUGCAAAGGGUGCCCUGGUUAAAUACCACUAUUAUGACAAUUUGAAAUACAGAUAUUUUUCUCAUGCCGGGCCUCACCGAAUGCCGCUGGAGUUCAAAACGUUAAAGUCUUUACACGACAAAGGAGCUUUGAAGUUAACAACAGGGAAAUGCAUCCAACCCUAGAUGUCACAGCUCAAAAGCAAGUUGGUGGGAUGUUUGCACAUUGUAGAUUUUAUAUGAAAAGAGAACUCCUCAGUGAUAAUUACAGCAAUGCUGUGAAAUGCUCAACGCCCAUCUACGUUUACAGCUUCAGAUUGUUGUAACGAAAUAUAGUCUCACUGCUUGGAGCAAAGAGCAAGCAAUGAUGUGUUAACAAUGAUUGAAUAUUGAUUGACAGAAUGGUUCAGGUCUGUGAGAUCUAUCAUUGCUUGCUCCAUUCAUUGGAGCCUCAGCUGUCCCGAGAACAAAAUGGGGCAUGGUGUUAACUAGAGGUCAGUAUUUGUCUUGAGCAGCUGUCUCAGCGAGCAAUCAAUGCCAAAGUGCUAUCUGUAUGUAAUAGUUAUAACUGAGCCACAGUCUGAAGAGACAACUUUCUUAUCAUCAAUGUGAAUCAGGUGAGGGUAACAUCUGCUGUAAGAAUUAAAAGGGCAUGAGUGGACUAAAGGAUUGAUAGCACUUCUGCUCAAUGUCGUCAGUAGAUUUAUAGCUCAAAGAAUGUGAAGAAGCUGUCUUAUGUAAUGUGCUGAAUGUGAACUGUAACAUGUUAAAGGUGCCCUUUCUGCUGGUACCAAAGAUCUUUAUCUACUGAUCCUGUUAGAAGUUACUUGUAUUUCCUAUAUUACUUGGGUAAAAUGUUUUGUGCAAUUCUUACAUUUGGUUUCAGUAGGAGGAACAAGAAGUUAAAGAAGGUGAAGUGGAUGAAAUAAAAAGCACAAGUCUUAUUUAAGCAAAAGCACACGUUACCAGAUCCUUAAAGCAUGGGGAACUCUACUAGUUCUUAAAAAUUAAAUUGGUACAUUUAAAAAGUUUAGUAACAAAAGUCUCUGCCCAAAUGUUCUGAAUCAAAUUGUGAAAAAAAUCUGCUUUUUACUUUUUUUUUACAAACCAUGAAAGCAUUGUCAGCACUAUUUCUUCUUCCUGUAUGUUGUGUGUACUAUGAUACCUUUGUGGUCAAAUCAUACAUUCUGCCACAUGCUGUAAAGCUUCUGUUUACUUUUUAAUGGUUUGUUUACGCAGUUUUUUUUUGGAAGGAUAUUCUUCUUAGAAUUCUUCACAACUUGCCACUCAUCCAGGAGGAUCCCAAGUCCCACUUUCCAUUGUCAAGGUAGAUCUGCCAGUUGUGCUAUUAAAAGAGGCAAUGGGUGAAGUGAAGAUCUGCUUGCAACGCCAAGAGUCAACUCGAGUGAUCCAGGAUCUUACAUUUCCUUUAACAUGGGAUUAAUAUGUAGUGGGUGUAAGCAAUUGAACUACCUAGAAAUGAAUGUGUAGCCUUUAGUUCUGAUCAAAGAGCAGAUAAUAAUGGAUUAGUACUUGGCUCUUCAGAGGUGCUGCCAAUUAACUUUAUUCCCUGAUUUAAGAAUAUUUUCAUCAUUCUUAAACAGAAUAAUGACCACUCAAGUACCAUUUGUACCUGGAAGGCACCAGAAUAAGGCUUGCAGCCAGUGAUAAGGAGUGUACAAUUAUACUUGGUUAGACCUCCCAACAUUCUAUAGGGCACUGAAAGAAGGUUAAACAAGUCCCAAGGUACUGAUGUUAUUAAUUCAAGCAAAAUUAUCACUCAUAUUACCUCAAUGGAGGUAGCAUUCUCCUUGACUGCCAAUUCUUUAGCUCUGAACUACAGAACAGUGCUGCAAAAGUUGCACAUCCACAGCCAGAGCAGCAAGGAAUCUUCUCCCAUUCCUGCUUACCUGCUCUAGACACUAAUAGGCCUGUUAUCCUCUUAAAAUAGCACCUACUCAACUAAUCAUUUGCAGAAGUGCUAAAGCAAGAUAUUGCAGAUUCCAGAAAUUUGAUAUGAAAGAUCAUUGACCUUCAUAUUAAUUCUGCUUCUCUGUUCACAGAUGCUGCACUACUUACUAAGAAUCUCCAGCGUAUUUUUUUUAAGUCUUUUCAAGGCUGUUUUAUUUGAUGUGGUGUGGUGCUGGCUUGAUGCGGGCUCUAACUUACAGUCUUAGCAACCCAGUUCCUGUCAGAGCAUUUACAUGUGAAACCUUACAGCCUUUCCCAUGACUCAUCUGCCCCAUUUCAGACUCGUACCAACUCAUCACUACCACCCCCAUCUCUUCUUUGUACCAACUUGCAUUGAAAAGGUCAAUGUGUUCAACUACUAAUCUUUUUGGUGUUCAAUGCCCAACACAGGAGACUGGGAAGUCUCCUUCUUAACAGAAGGUUGUGCAGCUCAGGGAGGGUUCAGUGCUCUUGCUGCUGUCUUGCUUGUAUCUGUUUGCUGAUUGAGCACUUGCACUUUCACCCUGAUGUCCAGGUGAUGUACCAUAUAGAUACAACCUUCCAAGUUCUUUCACUGCCUCCUUAAUCCUAGGGUUAUUCAUCCAUUUGUGUAGAUUCAACACUAUAAUGAGCACAGGGACAGGAAUAG